CGCUCUGACGAGGCGGCGGGACCUUUUAAACAAGCAGGUUUGAAGAGGAGGAGGAGGAGGAGGAGGAGGAGGGAGCAUGGGGAAGGAGCAGGACCUCCUGCAGGCGGUGAAGAGCGGAGACCUGACGUCCACCCAGAAGCUGCUGUCCAAACUGAAGAGCAACAGAAACAAGCUGCUGGGCUCCACCAAGAGACUGAAUGUGAACUACCAGGACUCCGACGGGUUUUCCGCCCUGCACCACGCUGCUCUCACAGGGACGUCCGUCCUGCUGUCCGCUCUGCUGGAGGCGCAGGCCAGCGUGGACGUCAAGGACAGCAACGGUUAG